GGGCGGGGGAGAGAAGGUGGUUCCGGGCUCAAGGACUCCGGCUGCUGCGUCGGCUCGCCUCUGAUCCACACCCUGAGUCCCAGGUCCUUCUCCUCUUCUGGUCCCAACACCUCUUCUCUCCUUGGCUAAGGAUUUCACACUCCAGACUCCAGCUCCCUCGUUCUAAGACUGGCAAUGGGGAUCCCUGAGCAGUUGCUGAUGGCAUCCUUAGCCAUGCUCUCUUUUUCAGCUUGGAAUCCAGCCCAGGGCUCUCCUGCCAUCUUUGGGCCUGUCUUUGAGGACCAGCCUGUCAGCUCUUUGUUCCCUGAGGAGUCAUCAGAAGAGAAGAUAGCCCUGGCCUGCCGUGCCCGGGCGAGCCCUCCAGCCACAUACAGAUGGAAGAUGAAUGGCACUGAGAUGAAGCUGGAGCAGGAUCCUCACUACCAGCUGGUUGGAGGCAACCUGGUCAUCAUGAAUCCCACCAAGGCCAGGGAUGCUGGUGUGUACCAGUGCCUGGCCUCUAACCCAGUGGGCACCGUGGUCAGCAGAGAGGCUGUGCUCCGCUUUGGCUUUUUGCAGGAAUUCUCCAAGGAGGAAAGAGAUCCUGUGAAAACCCAUGAGGGCUUGGGGGUGAUGUUGCCCUGCAACCCACCUGCCCACUACCCAGGUCUGUCCUACCGAUGGCUUCUCAAUGAGUUCCCCAAUUUCAUCCCAACUGAUGGGCGGCACUUUGUGUCCCAGACAACGGGAAACCUGUACAUCGCCCGGACAAAUGCCUCUGACCUGGGCAACUACUCCUGCCUGGCCACCAGCCACAUGGACUUCAUAACCAAGAGUGUCUUUAGCAAGUUUGCCCAACUCAACCUGGCUGCGGAAGACUCCCGUCCAUCUUCACCCAGCAUCAAGGCCAGAUUCCCCUUGGAGACCUAUGCUCUGGUUGGACAACAGGUCACCCUGGAGUGCUUUGCUUUUGGGAACCCAGUCCCUCGGAUCAAGUGGAGAAAACUGGAUGACUCACUGCCCCCACAAUGGGCCACUGCAGAGCCCACACUGCAGAUCCCCAGCGUCAGCUUCGAGGAUGAGGGCACCUACGAGUGUGAAGCAGAGAACUCCAAAGGGCGUGACACUGCCAAAGGCCGAAUCAUUGUGCAGGCUCAGCCCGAGUGGCUCAAGGUCAUCUCAGACACCGAGGCUGACAUUGGCUCCAAUCUGCACUGGGGCUGUGCAGCUGCUGGCAAGCCAAGGCCCACAGUUCGGUGGCUUCGAAAUGGGGAUCCCCUGUCCUCUCAGAACCGUAUGGAGAUUUCUGGUGGGGACCUGAAAUUCUCCAAGCUGGUCCUGGAGGACUCUGGCAUGUACCAGUGUGUGGCAGAAAACAAGCACGGUACCAUCUAUGCCAGUGCUGAAUUGGCAGUACAAGCUUUUGCUCCUGAUUUCCGGCUGAAUCCAGUAAGGCGUCUGAUCCCAGCUGCUCGAGGGGGAGAAGUUAUUAUCCCAUGCCAGCCCAAGUCAGCUCCAAAGUCCAUUGUGCUCUGGAGCAAAGGGACUGAAAUCUUAGUCAACAGUAGCAGAGUGACCAUUACUCCAGAUGGUACUUUGAUCCUUCGGAACAUCAGUCGGUCAGAUGAAGGGAAAUACACCUGCUUUGCAGAGAAUUUCAUGGGCAAAGCCAACAGCACUGGCAUCCUCUCUGUCCGAGAUGCCACCAAGAUCACCCUGGCACCAUCCAGCGCUGACAUUAAUCUGGGAGAGAACCUGACUCUGCAGUGCCAUGCCUCCCAUGACCCUACCAUGGACCUUACCUUCACCUGGGCCCUAGACGGCUUCCCCAUUGACUUGGAUAAAUCUGGCGGCCACUACCGGAGAGCCAGCUCGAAGGAAACCAUUGGGGACCUGACGAUUCUAAAUGCCCAGCUGCGCCAUGGUGGGAAGUAUACGUGUAUGGCCCAGACUGUAGUAGACAGCACAUCAGAGACUGCAACCCUCCUGGUUCGAGGUCCUCCAGGUCCCCCUGGUGGAAUAAUGGUGAGGGACAUCAGCAACACCACUGUCCAACUAACUUGGAGCCGAGGCUUUGACAACCAUAGCCCGAUCGCCAAGUAUAUCCUCCAAGCCCGAUCCCUGCCUGAUGGAAAAUGGAAGCAGGUCCGGACCAAUCCUGCCAAUAUUGAGGGGAAUGCAGAGACUGCUCAGGUGCUUGGCCUCACCCCCUGGAUGGACUAUGAGUUCCGGGUUUUUGCCAGCAACAUCCUAGGCACAGGGGAGCCCAGUGGACCCUCUAGUAAAAUCCGGACCAAGGAAUCAGCUCCCACGGUAGCACCGUCAGGACUCAGUGGAGGAGGUGGUGCCCCUGGUGAACUCAUUAUCAACUGGACGCCCAUUUUACGGGAAUACCAGAAUGGAGAAGGUUUUGGCUACCUUCUGUCCUUCCGGAGACAGGGCAGCUCAGAGUGGCAGAGGGCCAAGGUCCCUCAUGCCGAUGCACUGCACUUUGUUUACCGUAAUGAAAGCGUCCGGCCCUACACACCCUUUGAAGUCAAGAUCCGGGGAUACAACCGCCAGGGAGAGGGUCCUGAGAGCCUCACCACCACCGUGUACUCUGCUGAGGAAGAGCCCAGGGUGGCCCCUGCCAAAGUCAAGGCCAAGGGGGUUUUGUCCUCAGAGAUGGAUGUGAUGUGGGAACCAGUACAUCAGGACGACAUGAACGGAGUCCUUCUAGGGUACGAGAUCCGCUACUGGAAAGAUGGAGACAAAGAGGCAGCAGCUGACCGAGUGAGGACAGCAGGGCUCGACACGAGUGCCCGGGUCACUGGCCUGCAACCCAAUACCAAGUACCAUGUGACAGUUCGGGCCUACAACAGAGCAGGCACUGGGCCUGCCAGUCCCUCCACCAAUGCCACCACCAUGAAGCCCCCUCCCAGACGACCCCCGAGUAAUAUCUCCUGGACACUCUCCAGUUCCAGCCUCAGCAUUAAGUGGGACCCUGUCAUCCCUCAACGAAAUGAGUCUUCAGUCACUGGCUACAAGAUGCUGUACCGGAACGACUUGCACUCCGCCCCCAUACUCCAUUUGGCCAACAAGAACUGGAUUGAAAUCUCCGUCCCUGAGGACUCCAGCCAUGCUCUAGUGCAGAUUCGGGCCACAGGACCGGGAGGUGAUGGGAUCCCAGCUGAGGUUCACAUCGUGAGGAAUGGAGGCACAAGUAUGAUGGUGGAGAACUCAGCAGCCUGUCUGGCCCCGCACCUGGGCACCAUCCUCUCCCAUUCCCUGGCGAUGCUGGCCCUCCUUGACUACUUGGAGCUCUGAUCCUGGCCUCAUGGUCCCCGCUCCCACCCCAGACCUGGACAACAGGACAGAUACCUGGGGAUGAACAGAGCCAGCUGGCCCCUGGCACACUCUCCCCAUGCUAAGGACCUCAACAAUUAUAUGCCCAAGAGGAUUGGUUUAAACAGCAACUUUAAACAAUACCCUUUUUCUUAGGAGGUAGGACGUUUUGUAUUGCCAGGGACUGGAACCCAAGAAAGGAUUUUUUUCCCCUUUAUAAACCAGGAGGAAACAGGCAUAAAAAUCCAUGAAAAAUAUUGAGCCCAGUAUCCUCGUGACCCAUGAUCACUGGGGUUUCUGGAUGGAAAGAACUAAAUGGACAUAAGGAUGGGGAGUUUUGAUACGUGUUCUUUGGACCAAUAGAGAUGGCAACUUUUAGGGACCCUGGGUAUAUCUGGAUCCUGCUCCCUUGAAGCAGAGGGGUUCAGACAUGCCCAGCCCCCUUGAUACAGGCCAAGAUGGAUCUAGGGCUGAAGAAGUGGACCUGGAAAGCCUGAUACAAACAUUCCUCAGCCAAAGGAGGGGGACAGCAAGGGGGCCAAGGACUGCUCACCCCUAGUCUAUGGGGGGAUUGAUAUCACCUUUGGCAUUUCCUCAUCUUUCCAAGCAGCUAAGAGAAAGAACUGCAAAUCCCCCAAUUCUAGGAACUGCAGGAUCCAAAGGGCGUUCCCAGUAACGAGGGGGGGACGGAGGCAGGAAGAAGACAUUCAAAACUGACCAAAGGUUGCAGCUGCUGGGAGAAUGAUCUCAGCCAAAAGGCAACCCCAGAUUAAAAUGAAGCUGCCCCUGGGGUCAAAACACCCCAGCUAUUACAUUCAGGAGUCCAUACAGACAAAGCCAACUGGCUGAGCUUGAGAAGAUUGCAUGACCAAGGGCUCCAUCUUGGGGAAGUGCCCACCCCAUGUCCUGUUCUAGGAGUGAGCACCGGAGCCUGACAACUCUGCCUCAGUUUCCUCCCCUUCUCUUUCUCCCAGUAAAUCCUAAGGCCCUUCCUUAUAAAUAUUUAGUUUCCUGCCUUGUGGGAAGGAUCUUUUCCUCUUCCCUUUCCUCUGCUGGGCUCAGAGCUCUAGCCAGGAGGUUUUUGGAAGGAUUAGCUCCCAGUAUUCUAGAGUCAGGAAUCAGACUGAUGGGUGCAGAGGAUGUAUGCCAGAAGUCACUUUGCCAGGCAUGUCCAUCCCUCCCUUCACGUUGCCAGCCUUUGUGUUAUCUUGGAGUGAGUGAGGCUGCAAUCGAAGGGGAGUGCUCCAGGGAGUGUUAGAAAUAGGCUGUAGCCUAAUGAGUGGAAGGAGAAAAGCAGAUUUAACUCCUCUGGGCCUCAGUUUCCCCAUCUGUCAUAAGAGGAGUUUGAAUUAGAUGACUUCUAGCGUCUCCAGCUACAACUGCAGCUACAACAAUUUCAAAAAUCUGGCAAAUGGGCAAAGGGUAGUUGAGGGGAGUGGUUGGUACCUUUUCUGAAGCUCCCUGCUAGGGCCCAGCAACUGGGUCCCCAGUCACUCAGGGGGCUGCUUCAGCCUCUCUACCCCUGCCUGUAUGAGCGCAUCCAUAAGGACAUCCUGGUCCAUAAUCCUCCAAUGUAGACCUUCUUUGAAGCCAGCCAUCCUUCCUUCCCUUCCCUUCCCUCACCCUCUCCUCUGAGGUCAGCUGAGAAAGGGGCCCAGUACCAAGACACUGAUUUGGCCCAGCCCAGCCAUACCCCCAUGCCUCUCCCUGAUGCACAGGGCCUGCCAUUUUGGAGGUCACAGGCCUCACUGAGGCUUACUCACUGUGGCCCGUUUUCUCUGAGGGUUUGUAUCUAUUCUGUAGUUAUUACAGUGAGAUUUCUAUUUUAGUAUCAUUUUUAUAUAUUUUUAGGUCCUGCUCGAUUUUCAGGGCAGGUCUGCAUUCCUUCUGCUAAUGACAGCUUUUUUCGGUGAACUCACCCCACUCUGUUCCUUGAGAGGCAGGCAGAAUUAGUGGAGAAUCUGAUGCCCCUCCCUCCCCAUAAGCCCCUCACCCCACCUACCAAUGUGGUAGGAUUGUGGGUUUCAGAUCAGCUGAAAGGGAGGUAGAGGAAGCCUCUAUACGGCUUAUCAACUGAAAGCAGGGGUAGCCAGCCCCCUGAAUGGAUGCUUCCCCCUCCCAAUCAUCUGGGUGACUUUUGGCCAGUGGCUAAACUCUCUACUUUCAUCUCUCCCUCAGAAAAAAAAAGGAGCUGGAGGCAGGAUGUUUGCUUGGGGACUGGAGAGAGCUUGAGGUGGGGGGGCUGCCUCAUAUAUGCAGACCAGAGUUCAUUUCUCCCUCUCUUCUCUCAUUGCCUGUAGGAACUGUGGCAUAGGAAGCCAGAGGGAAACAGGUUCAGCCCUCAAGCAAUAGGCAAAGAUGAGCAGGGGCUUUCUGACCCAGGAAUCAGCUGUGCUCUCAGGCUGAAGGCUGAAAUGCAGGGGGCCUGCCCCAGGCAAGCAGCUCUGAAACCCCCCUCCUUAAAGAGGCCUUGGAGAAGAGGGAAGCGGCUGUGGGGCAGAACUGUUACUUUGUGGGUGUGUGUGUGUGUGUUAUGUUGACUAUUUGGGGGCUUAUCCCAGGAAAACCUCACCAUGUCUAAAGUAAAAGACCAGUUAAGUCCCUAACAUCGGACCUUUGUCUUCAGCAUACCAUACCUCUGAAGGCCAGGGGAACAAUGGGGAACUUUUGGGAAGGGAUUUAAACCAAGCAAAGGAGGCCGAGGAAAUCGGCUGGGACGCAGAGGGACAUGGAGACUGCCGUGGGCGGAUGCAGAGUGGACCAUUGCCUCAGAUGCUGCAACAGGUGGCCAAGGCAGGUUAUGGACUCUUCAUUCACUGGGAGCCCUACAGAAUGGGAUGGCUUGCAAUGGAUCUUGCCAAGAGUCAGAGGAGUCCCUUCUGGACCAAGGGGCCUCUGAUUAUUUGCUUCCAGGGAAUCCAUCGGUAGUUUCUACCCAACCAGUCUGGGAAGGACAGACCUAGGGAGCGGUGCCUUUUAGCUCCCCCUGGCUCAGAUUUCCACAACCCGCAGCCCCAGCUCUAUUCCAUGUCAGAAGUUUCCCCUCCUCUCCCCCCCCCC